AUGCAACUGGUACAGGAGGAUUGUUUUUCGGAGGAAAAGAGUUUACUUAAGCUUCAACAACCUCUUAACAAAAAAUGCAAACUAUACAAAUUAACGCCAUACGUAGACAACGAAGAAAUUAUUCGUGCCAGUGGUCGCCUGGACGAAGCCAUAUAUCUGCCUCUUGAAGCUCGACGCCCUAUUAUAUUGCCGAAACGCCAUGUCGUCUCCGAACUAAUAGUGAAACACUAUCAUGUUGCCUACAAACAUCAAAAUCAAGCUACCAUUAUCAACGCUGUACGCCAAAAGUUCUGGAUAAUUGGUGGCAAGCCACUUUUGAAAUCAGUCCAACGCAAUUGUAUGGAAUGCCGCCUUGAAGCCGCCAAGCCAGCGCCACCGUUAAUGGGUCAGCUCUCAGUCGACCGUAUAACGCCGUAUGUACGACCGUUCUCAUACACAGGUGUUGACCUGUUUGGACCAUUACAUGUUACUAUUGGUCGUCGCCGUGAGAAGCACUGCGCUGUCAUAUUCACAUGCUUAACAGUACGUGCUGUGCAUAUAGACAUCGUCGAUAGCUUAUCAACUGAUGCGUUCCUAGUAUGUUUCCGCAGUUUUAUUAACCGUCGUGGUACGCCAGUCAGAAUGCGUAGUGACAAUGGCACCAACUUUAUUGGGGCACAAAGAGAAUAA